AUGGAGGAAGAGCUACUUGAGCUCAUAUUGGAGAUCAACGGGAGAUGUACAGGGUCCUUAAGACCCGGAAUCACGAUGCCACCGAGACGUGAGAAUAACCCUUCUAGAGAAAUUAUAGCGGCUCUUGCAGAAUUGAAUCUUUUGAAUUCGGCACUUAGGACUAACACGAAUGAUCGUACCAUGGAAGCGAUGAGGGCGUUCCGUCGUAUGAAACCACCAGAGUUCGAUGGGGAGAGUAGCGAUCCUCUUGUGGCCGACCAUUGGCUUGCACAAGUUCGUAAAAUCUUUAACGCUCUCAGGAUUAUGGAAGAUGACCUACGAGUGAGUAUUGUGGCUAUUCAACUCACCGGCAAGACGAAUGAGUGGUGGGAAUUGGUUUUAGGAGCAAGAAAAGACGCUAGGAGAGUGGCAAUGGCGAUUAAUCGAACAAAUGAUCCAGAUGUAGAGAACCUGACUUGGGCUAAGUUUGAAGAACUCUUCGGGAAUCAAUAUUUUCCAGAAACAUGUCGCGAGCAACUUAGAGAACAAUUUAAGAAACUAGAGCAAGGAAAUAUGACCACCUCCGAUUAUGCUGUAAAAUUUCAAUCUUUAUCACGUUUUGCACCAGAAUUGGUGGCGACAGAGGAAAGGAAGUGUAGGCACUUUGAGAAGGGGUUGCAUUCGUCUGUCAAGCUGUUGGUAGUAAGUCAGCGUAUUGGGAAGUUUUCUCAGAUUGUUGAGUGUGCGAGAAGUGUUGAGAUUUCGAUAGGAACACAGGGAGAUGUGGAAGUGUGGAAACCUAAGCAACCAACUGCUAGUGCAAGUUUGCCUUCGGGAAGUUCUUGGAGCCAAGGGAGGAAGAGACAACGGGAACCACCUCAAUCGUUGCAAGUUCAGCAAAGUUUUGGACCACCUACUUCAUCGGGAAGUCAUGGAGUUUCUGUCGAACCACAAAUUGUGUGUCGUCGGUGCGGUCAGCCAGUCACUUUUGUACUCAGUGUACACAACAACGAAAGGCAUGUUUCAUUUGCGGUGCACCUGAUCAUCUUGCAAGAAGAUGCCCUCAGAAAGUAG